AUGGACUCCAUAGACAAGAAAGUUCAUGAGAAGUUAGAUGAAGAAGAACUCGAAGAUACAGUAGAGAAUGCUAAACCUUUGUUCGAACAAGAAGUUAGAAAAAUGUGCGAAAAACAAUUAGAACAUGAACGUGAGAUAUAUUAUGGUUAUAGAGAUUCUCCAUACGAACUAGACCAAUGGGAACAAGAAGAUUUAAAGAGAGAAUUUAGAGAAUAUGAACUCGCUAAGAUAGCAUUAGAAACUGCAGAAAAGAAGUUAAAAGUUUGGGGUCGUUUUGUAAAAAAAUAUUGUGAGUAA